ACUUCGGAUGCUACUAGCGGCUCCUUUUUUAACUGUUUUCCUCCAUUUCGAUCGUCUGCCAGAAACCCAAGCGAGCUUUCUACAACUCUAGUGGCGGAAACCCUAACCUACUCUCAUACAAAUCCCAAAAUCUCCGCCACCGGAACGUAUUUCACAACAAUCUCCAUCUGCAGAACGACUCGUCCCUGAAAUCUUCUCAUCUGUUCCUCCUCGUUUCUCCCUAUCCUCUCCUUCAAUCUUUGCCGAGAAUUCCAUGGAUUCCUCAAGCGAAAGCCCGAUCGAAGAGAAAAAUACGAAGAAAGGGAAAUCCAAGACGCCGCGGAAGCCAAAAGAAAGCGUUCUAAAGCAGAAAUCGCCGGCGGAGUUUUUUGCCGAGAACAAGAACAUUGCUGGGUUCGACAAUCCUGGCAAGUCUCUUUAUACAACUGUGCGAGAACUCGUUGAAAAUGCACUUGAUUCAGCAGAGUCAAUCUCCGAGCUUCCUGUCAUUGAAUUAACAAUAGAAGAGAUCAGCAAAAGCAAAUUUAAUACUAUGAUUGGUCUCGUUGAUCGUGAACGUGUGGAUGAAGCACUAUAUGAUGAUUUUGAAUCUUCUAAAGCUCGUGAGAAACGACUUGCCAAGGAAGCACGGGAUCAAGAAAUUCAAGCAAAAAAUGCUGCACUUGGGAAGAAAAUGAAAGAAACCCCAGCUUUGAAGGCUGUAAAGGGCCGAGGGGAGACCUCGUUUUUCAGGGUGACUUGUAAGGAUAAUGGAAAAGGAAUGCCACAUGAUGAUAUACCGAACAUGUUUGGAAGAGUUCUCUCUGGAACAAAAUAUGGCUUGAAACAGACCCGUGGAAAAUUCGGACUUGGUGCCAAGAUGGCAUUGAUUUGGUCCAAGAUGAGUACAGGGCUUCCUAUAGAGAUUCAUUCGUCAAUGAGGGGACAGAAUUAUGUUUCGUUCUGCAGGCUGGAUAUUGAUAUUCAUCGAAACAUUCCUCAUGUUCAUUUGCACGAAAAACGGGACGACAAGGACCAAUGGCAUGGAGCAGAAAUUCAAGUUAUUAUUGAAGGGAACUGGACUACUUAUCGUUCAAAGAUCCUGCACUAUAUGCGUCAGAUGGCUGUGAUUACUCCAUAUGCUCAAUUCCUCUUUAGAUUUGUUUCAGACAUGCCAGACAAAAAUGUUACAAUACAGUUUGCACGAAGAACAGAUGUAAUGCCUCCAGUUCCUAUUGAAACAAGGCACCAUCCCUCUGCUGUUGAUUUACUGCUUAUCAAACGCCUUGCUGCAGAGACUUCAAAACAGACCCUUCUGCAGUUUCUCCAGCAUGAAUUUGUGAACAUUGGCAAAUCCUAUGCAGAGCGUUUAAUAGGAGAAAUGGGCCCAGAUUUUAAUCCUAAGAUGUCUGUGAAAUCUCUGACCUCUCAGCAAGUAGUUCGUAUUCAUCAGUUGUUUCGUCAGGCUAAAUUUGACGAUCCUAGUGGUGAUUGUCUUAGUCCUGCAGGGGAAUACAAUCUUCGCUUGGGGAUCAUAAAAGAGCUGCAUCCAGAUAUGGUUGCUACUUAUGCAGGCAGUCCUCAAGUUUUUGAAGGGCAUCCAUUCAUUGUUGAAGCUGGAAUUAGCUUGGGUGGAAAAGAUGUUAAGCAAGGUCUUAAUAUCUUUCGCUUUGCAAACCGCAUUCCGCUUCUUUUUGAGCAAGGUGCUGAUGUUGUCACAAGAACGGCUCAAAAAAGGAUCAAUUGGAAUAGCUACAAGAUUAAUCAAGCUCAAGAUAAAAUUGGUGUGUUCGUGAGCAUUGUAAGCACAAAAAUACCCUUCAAAGGAACUGGUAAGGAAUAUAUUGGAGAUGAUAUCAGCGAAAUAGCCUCUGCUGUCAAGUCUGCCCUCAAACAAUGUUGUAUUCAACUAAAAUCUAAGAUAGUGAAGAAAAUUCAGGCUCGUGAGCGACAAGAGAGGAAGCGCAACUUAACUAGGUACAUACCCGAUGUUUCUAGGGCAAUAUAUGAACUAUUAAAAGAAAUGUCACAGGGUCGGGAGAAAAAACAGCGGGUUUACAAAGAAGAUCAUGAUGAAAUCCUAAAGAAAGUAUCAACUAGUGAGAUUACAGAAGCGACCCUGAGGGAGAAACUCACACAACAUGUUGAACAGGUGGAUUAUGAGAUGGCAUUGGAGUAUGCCACACAGAGUGGUGUGAGUGAAGAGCCUCAAGAAGCUAUUUAUAUACAGGCACUGGAAGGCACAUAUGAUUUUGUUGACCUCCAUAGCCCUGUCUGUGUUUUUAGACUCAUUCGGUAGGCAUAUUCCCCUGCCUGAACUGAAGCUUGUUAUAUUGGAUAUUUUCUUGCUAUUAGAUUAAGGGUCCAUUUGGGUGUUA